AUGUCUUCGGGCGAAAUCACAAGAAACAAUGUUGACAGCAGAGAGAAGCAUAGACGUCAACAAGAUGAGCUUUCCAUCAUUUCCGAAGAAUUCGACGCCGAAGAGGAGCAUAGGCUAGUGAAGAAACUGGACCGGUUUAUCAUGCCCAUUAUGGCAGUUGUUUACUUCUUCCAAUAUAUCGACAAAAACUCGCUCACCUAUACCGCCGUCUUUGGCCUCAGAAGAGAUCUGAACCUCACAGACAAGGAUUAUUCUUUGGCGAUCUCCGUAUUCUACAUCGGUCAAUUGACCUCACAGUAUCCGGCCGCUUACAUCCUCAGUCGAUUCCACAUCAUACGCUUUAUCGGUACUACAAUUAUCCUCUGCGGUAUCAUGGAGAUGUGCAUAGGAGCAUCAUUCAAUUUUGAAGGUCUAGCUACCUGUCGUUUCUUACUAGGGUUCGCCCAAGCCGCUGUGUCUCCCGCCUUCAUCAUGCUCACGUCCAGCUGGUACCGUCAACACGAACACCCAAUGCGUGUCGCGACGUGGAUAUCGAUGAAUGGAAUCAGCCAGAUAAUUGGAGGUCUCCUCAUGUAUACUCUUGGCGAUGUGGAAAUGAAGAUACGCAGCUGGAGAGUUGUAUUCAUUGUCCUCGGGGCGCUGACUAUAUUCUUUGGUGUUGUGUUCGUGAUCAUGGUGCCCGUGAACAUUGCAACCGCCUGGUUUUUGAGCCCGCGGGAGAGAGGGGUCGCUACGAGAAGACUGGCCAUGGAUCGUGCUACAUGCGAUAAAGCAAACUUUGACUGUCAACAGCUACUUGAAGCUCUGUGUUCACCCUUGUCAUGGAUGUACUUCUUUAUGGCAUACUAUAUAGCGUCUGCCAAUCCUAUCGCAAAGUAUUCCUCCAUAGUCAUCGACGGAGUCGGGUUCUCCAGGUCCGAUUCGAUGCUCGUUGGGCUUCCCGCUGGUCUGCUAAACUUCAUCACCUCCUGGAUUUCAGCUCUCGUUCCUUGGAUGUUCCCCAAUACACGGAUAUACACAGCUCUUUGUCUCAUUCUGAUACCUUUGGCGGGCUCUAUAAUGCUUUUCGUCUUUUCCUCUCAGACCGACGAAACUUAUUCUUGGGGCAUCGCGGUCUCGACAUGGUUGGCAACAUGUUACACUGCACCGCUCUGCUCAUGUGCUGGCCUUCUAGCCAGCAAUGUCAAAGGAAAUACCAAAACGAGUGUUGUCGGUGCUGGGUUCUUCGUUGCAUACAGCAUUGGGAGCAUCAUAGCGCCGCUGAUAUGGGGGAGUGAGAGCGAUACGCGGUAUCUCGCUGGGUGUACUUUUUCCAUUGUCAAUUGGUCUUUACUGAUAAUUACUCUUGUCGCGUACCUUUUGAUUGUCAAGAAAGAGAAUCAAACUCGUGAUUGCCAGGCUGCCAAUCGACGCCUGAACUCGGAAGUUGGAGGACCAGGCGGAAGAGAUGAUGACCUGUCCGAUGUGUCCGAAGACUAG